AUGUCCAUCGAAGAUCAGAUCAGAAACGCUUCCGCCAACAACGAAAGAUUGCUUGGGAUCCUUGCACGGACUGACUAUGCGGCGCCGGCCCUGAAGCAGCAAAUAGAAUACAUACGGCAACUAGAGGCUACCAUCGCUCGCAAUAAUGCAAACCUACAGAAAUUAGCGAAGCAGCGGGAGAAGGAGCACAAGGAUCAUCGCAAGUAUAAUGAAUCUGUAACGCGUCGCUUUCUCUACAAAGCCACCGGACAGAAGGAGAAGUUUGCUGUCAAGGCCGACAAGGAAGAAAAGGAGUAUUUCGAAGCGCUCAGAAGCGAGCACCAGGCCCAGGAUGAGCGAGAGAAGCUGUCACGGCAAAUGGCUGAAGCGCAGGCUGGCAAAGCACAAUUGGAACCGGACGCCUCCACGCAUCAGACAGCACAGAACGAUCUCGAUGCGCUCUAUCAGUCUGUGUUUGCGGGCGACACGCCUGGCUUCCCCGAGGAGGACACCCAAGAAGGUCUCGUACAAGACGUUCAAGGGCAUUAUCAGCAGCUGGAAAGCGCACUGAAAGCCGAAGAGCAGACCCUGGCUCUUCUGACCCAAGCUGCCAAGGUCAUGGCUAUUGCGCAGAAUCAGGUCCAAGAAGCGUUGUCCUAUUCCACGGGCGACAUCUUCGGCGGAGGUGCGGUCUGGGAUUACUUGGAAAGAUCGGCACUCGGGCGCGCCGAGAUGGCAACCCACGAAUGCUAUCGGUUGACCCAGCAGGCCCAGGCCUUGUCGUCACUGGUCACGCCUCUGCCUCAGAUCAACAUCGCCCAGGGUUCUAUCAUCACUGACGUCUUCUUCGACAAUAUCUUCACGGAUUUAGCAUUUCACCAGAAGAUUCAGGCCAGUGCCGUUGACCUACAGCGAGCGGCCGCUGUAUUGCGACACAAUGUGCAGGCUAGCCAACAACGGACUGCAGACUCAAAGACGCAAAUGAUCCAGAUCUCCGAGCGGUUAGCCGAAGAACGUCAGCAGCUGCAGAAGAUCAGACGGGAAAUCUUCUCGAGACUGGCACAGCCGCCACCAGCAUAUGAGGGUCAAGCGCCCCCUGGCAUCGAACGGGAGGAAUAA